UUAAUCUGUUGCAUCGUCACUGAGGUCGUGUCCAGUUUCGUUUCUGCUGAAGUCCUGCCUCUUACAGUAAAAGGGUCCCACAUCAUUACAAACUCACAGAGAGACCAGAGAAACGAAACGAAACUGCACGACAUGUCCGAGCAAGGAGCGAGUCGUUACGGGCAGCGGCCCGGCUCAAACGAGGGAAACGGAGAUGUUUGCUCUCCCUCUCAAACUCAAGGUUCAGCUGGCGGCGAUCCGCUCGGAGAAAACCAGCUGAGGCUGGUCCUGCUGGGAAAAACCGGUGCGGGGAAAAGUGCGACGGGAAACAGCAUCCUGGGAAACAGAUGCUUUGAUGAAGAUCUGAGCAUGGGUUCGGUCACUAAAGAGAGUAAGAAAGCGUGUGCUGCGGUGGAAGGACGAGAGCUUCUUCUCAUUGACACGCCUGGGUUUUUUGACACCGAUUUAAAAGAAGAAGAAUUACAAAAAGAAGCAGUUCAUUGCCUGACCUUGUGUGCUCCCGGUCCUCAUGUGUUUCUGAUCGUUAUACCGAUAGAACGAUAUACAGAGGAGCAGCAACGCACCGUACACAUGAUUCUGGAGAUGUUCAGUGGAGACAUCAGCGAUCACAGCAUCCUGGUCUUCUCCCACGCCGACAGACUUAACGGAGAACCCAUCGAAAGGUUCGUGUCCAGACAAAAUGCUAAAGUUCAAGAGCUCGUGGAGAGAUUCGGGAGGCGUUUCGUGGCCUUUGACAACACAAACCCUGCAAACCGAGUACAAGUGAGACGGCUCCUGCAGAAAGCGACGCAGCUGCUGGUCAGGAAUAAUUACGGUCACUUCGUUAAUGAAGUUACUGAGGCGGUGCAGGCCGCAAAGAGCAUCAUGGAAGAAAAAGCGGCCGAGAGAGCGAGGAAAAUAAAGGAGGAGGUCAAGAAUGCGGCCGAUGUCCGUCGGCGUGCGCUUAUCUCUUACAUGAACGAAGAGAGGCGAGAAGCUGAUCAGAGAAGGAAGCGCGUUCAGCGCAGGAUCGAUCAGAUUCAGACGGAUGUGAUGAAGGAGGAGCAGAACGUGCGGCCGAUUCCGGAAAGACUGAGACGCUUCGCUGCGUCUCUGAGGGCCGAGCUGGAGAACAUGCGUCGACUGGAGCAGAGAUGCAUGGAGGAGGAGAGAGAGAGAAAGGAAAGAGAAGAGAGAGAAUACACCGACCUGGACGUCUGGAUGCAAGAAGAGGAGCAGAGGAAACUGAGCGAAGCAGGACAGGCCAGUCCUCUUUCUCCUGAUGAUCAUAAAAGGCUGAUUAUGCUGACCAUGUUUCUGCUGGGGAUCGGGGCUUCGUUCGCGCCCGCUCUCUUACCGCUGCUGUUCCCCGCAGCUCCAGCGGUGGAAACCGGGCUGGCGGCGGGGCUUUUGUCCAAACUGUUGGCUGCGGAAGGGUGGGGUUUGGUUUGGGUGCUGGCUGGAGUGGCCAAAGCUGCGGUCCUGACCCGCUGCUCCAUCCAGUGACGUGGACGACCCAGCGGAGACGUUUGAGCGGUCGUCACGAGAUACAGAAGAGGUUUAUGAAUCAGACAGAAGUAGUUCUGAUGAAGUUUCAGUGACGAGGAGGUUUAGGGUCAGAGAGAAAAUACGUGUGUGUGUGUGUGUGUGUGUGUGCACCUGUCUGUCUGAGUGUUUGUUUGUGUGUGUGUGUGCAUGAGUGUGUGUGUGUGUGCGUGCACCUGUC